GGACAGGCUGUUUCUCAGGCUGUUUUCCGCGAGCUGCUUGAAAAGCCAUGUGUUGCGCUCGCGGUGCGUCAGACUACUGCACUGCCGCUUCUGCAACAUGUACCACAAGACGUCAAACAAGAAAAAACACCUCUGAAAUGAGGAUGGCCGUUUUGGCAAAUCACAAACUUUGGAGAUCCGUGGAUUAUUGCAAAUCGGUUCUUUUACAACUGGACAAGCAGCACAGAGUGACAGACAGACUCAUGACAUCCUAACUACUGUCUGGAGGUGUUUCUCAGUGAAGUGUGCGGCAAUGGAUUCGCUGUACAUCGCUAUUGAGCUGCUGAUCGCCGUGCUGUCCAUCUCCGGUAAUGUGCUGGUGUGCUGGGCUGUGGCCAUCAACUCCAAUCUCAAGAACGCCACCAAUUACUUUCUGGUGUCACUAGCCGUGGCAGAUAUUCUGGUUGGCUGUCUUGCCAUCCCUUUUGCCAUCACUAUAAGCGUUGGUCUGCGCUCAGACUUCUAUGGAUGCCUUUUCCUGGCGUGUUUCGUUCUGGUACUGACUCAAAGUUCAAUAUUUAGUCUUCUGGCGGUUGCCAUCGACAGAUAUCUGGCUGUAAAAAUCCCCCUGAGGUAUAAGGAGCUUGUCACAGGGAAAAGGGCAAGAGAGAUCAUUGCCAUUUUAUGGAUCUUAUCCUUCAUCAUUGGACUCAUUCCAUUUGUGGGCUGGAACCGUAAACACUUGGCCUGUCCUAGAAACAAACCCAACAGAACCAGCAAUAGCAGUGAUGCUGCUCCGAUGGAAACGGGCUUCUCGCAAAGCUGCCACCUCGAGUGUUUAUUCGAGAACGUGGUGGACAUGAGCUACAUGGUGUACUUCAACUUCUUCGGUUGUGUGCUGCCGCCUCUGCUCAUCAUGCUGGGCAUUUACAUCAAGAUCUUCACAGUGGCACGUAAACAGCUACGUCAGAUCGAGCUCAAAUGCAGCGUGAGUAACGGUGAGAAUCACCACCACGGCCUGCUGCAGCGGGAGAUUCGUGCCGCCAAAUCCCUCUCCAUCAUCGUGGGCCUGUUCGCUGUCUGCUGGCUGCCCGUGCACAUCUUGAACUGCCUCACUCUGUUCUACAACAACCUGGAGAAGCCCAGCUUUAUCAUGAACAUCGCCAUCAUCCUCUCGCACACCAACUCCGCCGUCAAUCCCAUCAUCUACGCCUACCGCAUCCAGGAGUUCAGGGUCACUUUUAGGAAGAUUCUGAACCGCCAUUUCUUUUGUCAGCGGGACGAGUUGUAUCGCAGCUCCAAUAGAAGCAGCAGUCACAGAGACCAGAUUACAAUGACCAUCGACCCUCUGCUUUAAAGGUCUUUGUCAAAAUAUAUGAGAGAAAUGUUUACAGACCAAAGAACUGCAAACAGCAUGAUCUUGUAUUAAGAUGAUGUCUAGCAGGGCUCACUAUUCAUAAACCCAAUGUGGACACGUUCGAACAUUUUGAGGAUUUAACAUUGAACUGUGAAAAAAAAAAAACUAUAUUAUAUAAAUAUUGCAUUUCAGACUGCAUUUCCAAGCACGAAGAGACUUUGGAAGCAGCUUUAGGUCAAGCCUUAAUGCAGGAAUGAAAGUGAAGUGGGGCCGGUGGGCCUCUGAAAGUGCUGAACGAGGACCUGAACCACGUAUGAGAAACCUAUAUGAAAAAUAAAAAAAUAAAAAUUUGGGGGGCAGCUUUAGUUCAGCCUUUAAGGAUGUUUAAGAACAGCCCAAAGGAACAAUCUGACUUCAUAAGGCACAUCAGCUGAAUACGCCACCAUGGAACAGAGAACACAAAGAAACCGACUGAAUUGCUUGAAUAUAUUUGUUCCAUUUGUUGCUUUUUUUAAAGUUGAGAUGACUGGUUUAGACGGCUCAGGAACACAAGGUAAAAGCAAAUUUAAGAACCCAUAAUAGAAAAAAAAUCGUAAAACGAUUUCCUGCACAGCCAAUUAUGAAAAAUGACCCCACUUUUCAGUUUUCUCAUCACUUCAAAGGCACUACUGGUCCAUUGACAGCUCAGUUAACCCAACCAGUUCAUGUGAAACCAAAACGACUCCUACAGACACACUGGGUACACGGUAGUAUCCAGUGACCCCAACUGUGUUUGGACUCAAAAUGUGUUGCAUUACAUAACAAAAUGCCAUAAUACUGAGUUUCUAUUUCAUAUUGUUUUAUAGUUUAUAACUAAUAAACAUAGAAAUUUCUUUAAAAUAAAUGCCACUUUGAUGUUGUGUUAUCUAAUGCAUUGCAUUUUUUGAUGUUGCUGAAGGGUACAAAUACUUUUGGGGUCAGCGUGUUACUAAAUGACCAUUACACUCGGUUUCUUUCUGGCAUCUACACAAACCAUGAGACAAGACUGAGCUGAGCUGCAUGAAGUUUGUGUCUAGCUUGAUGAUCAUGUUGAAAUGAUCCAAGGAACAACUUGAGCUUCAUUGAAAGAACAUCAAUGCAGAGUCACAUGAUCAAUGUCACUCAUAUACUUAAUGACCAAAAAAUAGCACACAGCCUUUUCAUUUUACAUCAUGCUUCUUUGUUUAAACUUUUUCAAAGAGUAGAAAAACCCUGUUCAGUUUAAAACCUGUUUAUUAGUUUUUGCGGGUUAAAUUAGAUCUUCACUGUGGUCUCAAAUGUCACUGUAAUAUCAGUGUCCUCAGAUUUCUGGUGUCUGUCUGCUAAUGUGUCACAGCCCUUAGGAAUCAGUUUGUUAUUGAAUCUCUGACUGUGACAAACUACCCAGACCGAACCGACAGCAGCUGACCUGGAGCAAAGACUGUCUCCUCUGGAGAGAGAUUUACAGUGUCACCACCAGAGCUGGACAGUUUAUAACAAUCUGUAGUGUCAAUACUGACACUCUCUUCUAUUAAUCACCAACCACCUUUACAGUAGAACUACAGAUCUACAGAGAGGUCUGCUCUUCAUUCAUCAGUGUCUUAACUGGCACAUCUAGACUACAUUUUGACCAAUCGCAAUUAUGAUCAGAAAAUGAUGAAAAACGCCCAGAGCUCUUAACACAGUGAUUUGAAGACAUGCACCUCAGACACUGAGCUUUGGAGAUGUAAGUUUUAAUCAUCCGAUUUUAGAUGUAGGCUUCUUCAUCCCAAUUUCCACCUCUCGCCAAUUUUUUCUCCCUCCCCUAUAUGUCUGUCCAGUUAAAUAGGCAAAAUAUAGCUAUAUUUAGUGUGUCAUCUGAAGAGAUCCUGUUGAAAUACAUUGUACAAUGUGUAUUUUACAUCUUACACUCAUUUUAUAUGUCAGGGUUAUAUAAUAUAACCUGACCAAGCGUAGGUCAUGAGAACGCCUUAAACUCUUCUUUUAUUGAGGAUCGGCCAUAAAAAGUUAAAGCAACAUCAAAAUUUUUUGCACAUUUUUUGGCUCAGUUAAAAAAAAAAAAUCCUUUAUUGAUGUUUGGAUGGUUAAUUCAAUAUUCAAUGUCUUUUUCUGUAAUGUUUUGGCAUACAUUUCUUUGCAUUGUUAGGUUUUUAUAAUUGAUUUUAGGUUCACAAAUCAAUAGGUAUAUUUAUAUGCACCAAUUUUUGUUAAUUGGAAUGAAUGCAAUCCGAUUUAAGAAAAGCUGUUUAUAUAAACCCUAAAAGAUGCAAUCUGAUUCACAUAUUUGUUUACAUGUGCAUUACAUGCAUUCCACACAAAACUUCAGUGAGCUCCGUUCAGAACUGAAGACACCGCGAUAAAGUCACUGGAGCGACAGUGAGCAUCAUUGUGUUUUUUUACCUUGAUAACAUUACCAAAAAGGAACUGACAUGUCAAAAGACCUUUUUUAGUAGUUCAUAAGAAAUAAGAAGUAAUAAAACCCACUCACAUGGUGUUUUUGAAUCUGAUUAGAAAUACCAGAUUCAAUUGGUUCAUUGGCUUUCUGAAGCGUUUUACAAAUAAGGACACAUAACUUGUGGUCUAACAUGAUCAUAAGUUAAUGAGCACACAUUUAGAAGUCAUUUUGAAAUGAUUUUUUUUUGGUAGUGAAUUGUAACUGUGUCCAGGUGUGAUUCAACAAAGAAGCAAGCAGUAAACCUAGGCUAAUGUGAUGAUUGGCAGACAUUUGAUCAUUUACUUGAUUUUUAUUUCAGUAAGAGUGAAUGGUUAUUGGUCCAAAAUCCCACUCCACAAACUAUAUUUUCUGGGUGAACUAUUCUUUUGAUACCCGACUCAAACUGACAGAUGCACUGAUGUGUUUGUCCCUGACAGUGACAUGCCUUCCCUGACUACAGCUGUGCCAGUUUCUAUUUAUUGAGGGGAAGAAAGCCGUCCUUGAGCAGUAUUUUUGUGUUUUUAAAUAUCUAAAUGAUGUAAAUGUACAGAGAUUUGUUAAUGUUUGCAAGGGCUAAACUACAGGAGUGUGCCAGACAUCUGGACAUUCCCAUGGAGACGAAUCUGUAUGCACUGCAACCGUGUUAGCUGAUGUUUUAUUCCUUUACUGAAGUACUUUCUGUUGAAAGCAGAAACACAAAAGGCCUUUUCUUAACCAGUCAAGUGUACCUGAUUUAAUUUUUGCCUUUGGAGCAAACAGAAAAGAGUUUGUGCUUUAAAUUGUGUAUGUUUUUGAUGUGUAUUUGUCACUAAUUUACAUACACUGUGUUGUUCUCUUGUAUGUGCUGAAAGAAAAUAGUUUCAUGACAAAAACCUUUAGCAUCAAAGAAGUCUUGUUAUUUAACAUGAAUAAAUCUCUAUGUAUGGUGAAUUAUUUUAUUAAUAAAAGAUGUUUAUAUA